CUUUUGAAUUUUCAUUCUGAAUUUUCAUAACCCUUGAAUUUUCAUUCUAAAUAUUUUUUAACCCUAACAUUUGAUCUCCCAAAAAUUCAAUGUAAAAAAAUUCGACGUGGAAGACGCUGCUUCUUUUGUGCCACUAGCACAACUAGUCGAUCUAAGAACACAUCGAUAUCCAGCCAAUCAAGUCAUGAGAACGACAUGACGUCAGCGUUCGGUACGUUUUACAGAAGUCCAAAAGAUGGCAGCAAACUCGUCAUUAAUCCUUUAUAUCUCUCUAUUAUCGUCUCAUUGACGUCGGCUAAUAGAGCACAAAAACGUGCAUCUUUUGUUGAUAUUUUAUUUUUUCAAUUUUUCCUGCCGCGAACUAUGUGUCAACUUUCAGCUUCCGGGUUCAGGACGUUAUUGCUUAGAACGGACCAAAGAAGCGGUUUCCGACUAUAGAGCGAGAUGAUUUUCUAAUGUGCUUUUAUUUUUGUUGUGAUAAUUAUUGAGUUCAUGUUCGCUCAUAAUUUUCUAAGUCCAUACAUGUGGCCAGUGCUUUAUUCUUUGCCGAAUUUACCCGUAAUAACUUAGGGUUAGGCUAAUAUGUGUCAAAAACCUUUAGCUUCAGAUGAACUUACAUUCAACGCCGAAAUGUGCAUCUUGGCUGCAGGUAAAUAUGUGGGAAUAGAAUCCGCCUUUUUUCUGGACGUGACUUCUCACUGUCCCAAAGCCGAUCCUCUGAUUGGAGACACAGUUCUCCGAGUCCAGCAGCUCACUCAUGCAGAGCCGACGGACAGAGACUGCGGUCAGAAGUCUCCUUUUUGCAACAAUAAAGAAAACUCAGAUAUGAUAACCGGCAUUAUGUUAAUGGGAAAAUAAAAAAAAACAAAUUGUUUUUUUUAUUUUUUUAUUUUAAUUUGAAAAACGAAUGAUGGAUGGAUUGUUGUUGCUGUAAUGCCUUCAGGUGCAGAGCGGGGGCAUACCCCAAAACAAUAAGUCACAGGCUUCUGUUUCAGUAGUUGCAAGGAGGCAAAAUAAAAAUUUUCAUGUCUAUAUUUAGGAGUUAUUGACAAUACAAGCUGGAAAUCUGCAAAUGUCCGUCAGAUUUAACAAGACUCUAAUUCUGUCUUUUUUUUCUUUAUCUCUCUUCUAGGAACUUCUACAACAUAUUUUUGAGAGACUUCGCUCCCGUUUGGAACAUGUUCUUCAGCGCUUACCCCUAGAUCUGGACUUCUUAGACUUCAUUUGCACUCAAGAACAUGUCUUUUUAAAUGCUUUGUCUAGUCAGUUAACAGUCUGUCCUGCUAUUUUAGAGGAACUGACACAUCUGCAAAGACUUAUUAGUACUGAAAAAGAAAGAACAAACAGUUGCAUUGCUGUUGUGCAAUGGGAGCAGGGUCCAGCUGGGCGACAACGAAUGGCGCUAUCCUCAGACUACCUUUGUAGCCUUCUGGAACUUAACCUUCCGGUCACAUGCAUAGCCAAACUCUUGGGUAUGUCCAGAAGAACAGUUUACAGACGUAUGAAUGAAUCUGAUCUUUCAGUGAAAGGACUAUAUAGCACCAUGUCAGAUGAAGACUUGGAUCAGUGUGUCAGAGAAAUAAAAUCCAGGCAGCCUAAUUCUGGGUAUCGAAUGAUGAAGGCUUUGCUGCAAGCCCAAGGACAUAGAGUGCAGUACAACAGAGUCAGAGCAUCCAUGCAUCGUGUAGACACUUCAGGUGUCCUGUCACGUAUGGUCCAUCUAGGAUGCAUUGCUCGACGAACGUACUCUGUUCCAGGCCCCAUGUCCUUGAUACACAUAGAUACCAACCACAAACUAAUACGCUACAGCAUUGUCAUUUUUGGUGGCAUUGAUGGUUUUUCACACAAAAUAAUGUAUCUUGGUACAGCAUCCAACAAUCUGGCAGCAACUACACUAUCUUUCUUCCAAAGGGCAGUUGAAAAGUUUGGUUUUCCUCUGAGGGUACGUGCUGAUCACGGGGGAGAAAACGUAGACGUUGCAAAACUUAUGUUUACGAUCUGUGGCACUGGAAGAAGCAGCUUCAUUUCUGGAAAAAGUGUUCACAACCAAAGGAUUGAGCGGCUCUGGAGAGAUCUGUGGGUUGCUGUGACCAGCACAUACUACAACGUUCUCCACCACCUUGAAAAAGAGGGAUUCCUCAGCAUUGCCAGUGUUCAACACCUCUUCUGCUGCCACUAUGUAUUUUUACCACGUAUACAGGAGGACCUGGACACUUUCUGCAGUGGUUGGGAUAAUCAUCCUUUAAGAACAGAAAGUAACAUGACUCCUAACCAGCUGUGGGUACUGGGUCGUGCACGUCAUCCCAUUCCCGAACCAGAGAACAUGGAGGGCAUGGAGAUUCCACAUAUUGAGUGGGAGGAGAGUGGACUUCCUCAUCAGGACCAUUCAGACGUCGUUGUGCCAAACAUCAACUGCCCACUGACAGAUGAACAAAUGGCAGCUUUAAGAAGUGCAGUUGACCCAAGAGCUGAAUCAGACUCCUUUGGCUCUGAUGUUUACAUUGCAGCUGUUCAGUUUUGUGAACAUUUUUUUCCACAAUAAAGGAAAAAAAAUCUGUUAAGAGGCCAGUGGGA